AUGGACAGCGUUGUUCUUCCCUCCACUCCGCUGUCUAGUCAUCUUAAGGAGUUCAAAAGGAUGGGCGAUGUUCUGAAGGAAAACCCCCCUAUACGCUUCGUUCUCUAUGAGAAAGAAGCAAAGUCCACAAAUUUGACUGAAAAACUCGUCGCGUGCAACCUACCACCCCCUGCCGACAGGAUAGGCCAUACCCACACUGAUGAAGCACUCAUUGCGCAACAUCCUUCCACCAAAUCCAUGAUCACUUCGAAGGACGCGGCGUCCAAGGGGGAUGUGACCGUACGGGUAGGCGAAGAGUUCGCGGUCAAGCGCAGCGCGCCCUCGGAUAUCCCCGAGCCCAAACCGGGGUUGGGGAUUGAUGUCACUUCAGUGAAGAACAAUACCGAUGUUCGUGACCCUGUCGACAAGGUGCCAACGGCCAGGCAAGAUCUACCUGUGACUGCAGACAAAACAAUGCUGCGCCAGUAUGACGUUGUCAAGGCGGAGACGUCUCCAUGCCAGACCUGGGAUAUCAAUUCACGUGGUUUGAAGAUGGGCUGGGAAAAGUACCCUCCACCGGCUUGUGGUCUCUCGAAUGGAGAAAAUUGCUGCUACAUGAAUUCCGUCCUCCAGACUCUCUUCUGGUGCCCGCCCUUCGCCCAGGCUCUCCUCGCCGAACCCGAUUCUGACUGCUGUCUGCACAACAGAAUCAAGGUCACAGCUCCCAAAGAAGAGACACCAUACUGCAUAUUCUGUUCCGCAGUCAAUCUCAUCAAGAGAUUCCAUACGGCCGGUCGCGUCAGAGAUCUAGCCGCAGAUGUAACCAAGUACAACACAACAGCAUCUGAGGUUUUCGGCUAUAUGGAUCUCAUCAUGAAACUGAAGCGGCUCAGAGAGGUAUACGAACAACAGGAUGCACACGAGUUCUAUUCUCAGUUCAUCGACAAACUCGACCAAGCAGUUUCAGACAAUCCUACGGCCGAGAGUAAAACACCAACUUUCGUUGAUCGUAUAUUUGGGUUCAAGACGCGCCAGCGUAUCCAGUGCAAACAUUGUAUGAAGUGCAGUGAUAAAGUCGACAAACAGAGGGAUCUGCCGCUUGAUAUAGCCGAUAUGGCUGGAAUGACGAGAUUCAAGAGCAUCUUCACAUCUCUGAAUGACCAAUUCAGCAAACCCGAAACUUUCGAGGAUGAUAAUGCCUACCAUUGCGAAAACUGCAAUGCAAAAAGAAGCGCCGUCAAAACGUUCAAGAUCCUUGAGGCACCCCAAGUUCUCACCUUAUACCUGAAAAGAUUCGCAGUAGGGAGUGAGCCCGGUGACAAGUUCGAACAUCACGUGUCCUACCCACCGAAAUUGGAUCUUGCUCCAUACAUGGUCGAAGACGGGUCCUCGAAGCUAAUCGCUCCGGUGUGGUACCGCCUUGCCUCAGUCAUUAUCCAUGACAGCAACACAACACAGGAAGGUCACUAUUUCGCAGCUGUUCAGACCUUGCGAUAUGAUAAACCAGUCUGGACCGCCUGCAAUGAUGAGUACGUCCGAGGGAUCAAUAAAGCGACCGACCAGCGGGACGCAUAUAUGCUGUUUUACAUUCGGGAAGAUGAAGCGCCCACUUAUCCGGAAUCCCCAUUGAAGAUCGAAGUCCCUCAAAAUAGUGCCAGUGUCAGAGCACGUGCGGAGGCUCGUGUCUCUCGUAUCUGGAACAUUGUCAGUAGGACUGGAAAGCGCUUUGCUAUUUAUGAGAAUGAUGACGAAGACGAUCUUCGUGAUGGCCGAUUCAAGCGUCCUCGCCUAGACGGUCGCUAUCCCUCAAGUCCCAUAGGCAAAUCACCAAGCCUUUUGCGGAAUGUCAAGGUGAACGUGUCCCUUCCACAAGGACCUGGUCCUAGGAAGUCGUGGGUGAAUAUGAUGGGCUCGCGAUCGCUGGGAAACUCCACAAUCACCGGCCUCAAGGUAACGGGAUCCGUGAAAGCUGCCGAUGGCGCUACCUCCAGGCCACUGAAGAUCAGGGAGCAAAUGCAGCCGAACAAGCGGCGGCUGGAUGUGGAAGCCAACGCCAAUGGCAAGAGAACGUCUGAUGACGACGACAUUGGUUCCCCUGUGAAACGUCGGCAGACCGGACGUUUGUCGCUUGGCGGAGAUCCUGUACCUUCCAAGGCAAUGAAGACUGUUACGAGGUCGCCUGCAUCCGCGAAAAUUGGUGGCAUGGGUGUUUCCAACAGUCUGAAGACGAGAGAACAAAUACGGCCAAACAACAAACGGGACGCAGGCCACGAACUCAAUGGCAACGGCAAACGGAUGUCUGAUGUCCCCAAUUCUGGUUCACCUUUCAAGCGUGCUCGUUCUGCGGAGGGCUUCGCGGGUGAAGAGCCGGCCUUCUCUGUCAAUCGUCAACGGACACCUAUCAGAGACUAUCCGCAACGUGCGUUCCCACAACCGCAGCAUAUCUUCCCUCAACGGGCAUAA